GAACCAACAAAACAGUGAUGUAGUUGCAGCCGGGACUCUAAAAGCAGACGCACGUCGUUCAUGUAGCAGCUUUGGACCACGUGGGAAAGUGUAAAUUCGACGGAAGUUGGCUGUCCAACCAAGGUUUAUGUUGACGGCUGAAAGCGGUAGCAGGCAGUGUGUACGAGGCGCGGUGUGUUUUGUUCUAGAAAUGUUUCAAACUGGGCUCGAUGGGAGUCAAGGCCGUGGAGUCACACAUGAACAGCGCAAAACAUAAAGCCUCAAAAUGGAGCUGCCAACAAACGCUGGGUGUUUCCCAGUUCUGUUCUACUCUGGUCUCCACCGUGUCUCCAUCCCCAGCCCCGAUAGCAACAACCGGGAUCUCCGGACUAUGUUCGGGUGGACGUCUACACUGAAAGCACAGGUACUGGGUCUCUGAACUCCGUGAUAAAACACCAGUCAUACCAGUCAAUGAGGGAGUUGGACACUUAUUCCGUGCUGUGUUCCCAGACUAUGUCCACUCGUUUGCAUGCGGUUCCGUCCAGACGGCCUACAUCAGCAGGUUUGGAUUAGUCCCGUACAUUUCAGAGCAGCUGGUUGCGGAUGCUAACAAGGACACGUUUGUUUUAAUGUUUGAUGAGCCUCAACCAGACCAUGAAAACAAAACAACUGGAUCUGCAUAUCCGCUAUUGGUGCGAAGAUCACGUCCAGUCAAGAUAUUCAGGGUCGCAGUUGAUGGGACAUGGAACAGCUGAGGAUUUACUGCGCCAUUUCAAAGAAGUGGCGUAAAGAACGAACACACUGGCUGCCUGAGAAAUCGCUCUCCUGGCCUCCUUGGAAACAUUCACCCCGUCUGGAAGCUGCAACACAACAGAUACAACACGGUUUCAAACUCUGGAUCCCCGUCUUCCCCACUCGAGAGCGUUUCUUCAUCUCGGAGACUAAAUGCAACUGGACCAGGGGGCUUGUGGGCAUGAAGUGGCUGGGCGAAUCCAAGAACAUGGUAUUAAAUGGCAGACGACACGGAAACAAGUUGACCAGCGAGCAGCCGGUGAGCCAGAGCCAGACUCGCUCCCAGCAUCCUCAGCGAGCGUCGCUGCGACACAGCAAGACUCACCCCAGAAACCGGAGAUGUAGCCGCAGGUUUAAUGCAGCCAGUCUGGAGGCCGAGCGGCGCUACGUGCCGUCCUCAGGAAUGACCGCUAAGGAGCUCUGUGAGAACGAUGACCUGACCACCAGCCUCAUCCUCGACCCCUAUCUGGGUUUUCAGACUCACAAGAUGAACACCAGAUUCCGACCGGUCAAAGGGAGGCAGGAGGAGCUGAAGGAGAUCAUCGAGCGCUUCAAGAAACACGACAACCUGGAGAAGGCCUUCAGAUCUCUGACGACAGGAGACUGGUCCAGAAACCUGUUUCUGCACAAGACCAAGGCUCAGGAGAAGCUCUUCAAGCAGCAUGUGUUCGUUUAUCUGCGGAUGUUCGCCACCGACAGCGGCUUCGAGAUUCUUCCCUGUAACCGUUACUCAUCGGAGCAGAACGGAGCUAAAAUCGUGGCGACGAAGGAGUGGAAAAGGAAUGAUAAGAUCGAGUACCUCGUCGGCUGCAUCGCCGAGCUGUCGGAGAGCGAAGAGAACCUGCUGCUGCGACACGGAGAGAACGACUUCAGCGUCAUGUACUCCACACGCAAGAACUGUGCUCAGCUGUGGCUCGGACCUGCUGCAUUCAUCAAUCACGAUUGUCGACCAAACUGUAAGUUUGUGUCGACAGGAAGAGACACGGCCUGUGUGAAGGUUUUGAGGGACAUCGAACCCGGAGAGGAAAUCUCAUGUUACUACGGAGACGGGUUUUUUGGGGAGAGCAAUGAGUUUUGUGAAUGCUAUACGUGUGAAAGACGGGGAACUGGUGCUUUUAAAUCCAAAGCUGGGCUACCAGUGGAAGUACCGGUGAUCAACAGCAAGUACGGGUUGCGGGAGACGGACAAACGUCUGAACAGGCUGAAGAAGCUCGGAGAAGGAAACCGGAGCUCCGACAGUCACUCUGUGGGCUCCCACACCGACGUAGACUCUCAGGAAAUGCCAAAAACACAUCAAUCUGCCAGAAAAAGAACAUCAUCAUCCUCAUCUGGCCUGAAGUAUAAAAACAGGACUCAAACCAGACAGACUUUGUCCAGAGCCCUUUCUACCUCAUGUUCAAAACAAGGUCGUGUAAACAAUAACAGGGUACCAAAGAGACUAAAAUCCCAAUCCAAGCCUUCACUAAGUAAAGUCCAGUUGCGGAGUCGCAGGAGGGCGGCGGAGCCCAAGACGUCGGCCAAAGGAGAGACUUGCCAGCUGGGUCUCAGGGACUCGAAGGUGUCGCUGUGUAAAGGCGUCACCGUCAAGAAAGAGAAGGACAGUCAGGAGCCGGUCCAGCCGGCGCCAGGCCAGCGGGGCUGCAUCACCCGGCAUGCCGCCAAGGAGAACGGCAACGUGGCAGCUGUUAAGAGCAGCGAGGGCAGCCAGUGUUCCACGUACAGAACUCGCAGGUCCACACGGACGCUUGUAAAAGCCCAGGAAACGGCGGCCGGCAUUAAGCUGGAGCCCAGCGCCAUGGACGGCCUGAGCCCGGUGCCCGGAGGAGUCGUCAUCAAGACGGAGCCGGCCGACAUGGAGGAGUACCUCCACCACGGAGUCGCUCUGGAGCAGCCGGCUUUAGACGCCGGCUACGCCAGGAGAGGCUCACGGACCAGACGGAAACGGCUGACACAACUCCGGACCGAGCGGACGAUUAAAUGCGAGGACUCGUACGGUGAGCCGUUCAUGCCGGUGGCCGGCAGCCACACCGCCAACUUCUCAGACUGUGGGAAUGUGCUGCUGAGCUUCGCCGACCGGCACAGGGACUAUAACGGCAUCGCCAACUGUAGCAAGUCCCUCCGCAGGGACAAGGGGAAGAGCAGCUGCCGGUCGCAGGACAAGGGGAAGAAGAAGCGGCGCAUCACGCGAUACGACGCUCAGCUGAUCCUGGAGAACAACACGGGGAUCCCCAAACUGACGCUCCGCCGGCGGAGAGACAGCAGCAGCAGCAAGACCAACGACCCCGGAGACGCCAUCGCAUCCUCCAACCUCUCCGCCGCCACCGUCAACUCGGCCUCCUCCAGCAAGAUCAGCAUCAAGUUCAGCAAAGACCACGACAAGGACAAAGGCAGCUCCUACAUCGCCAAGCUCAACAAUGGCUUCGCCCCUGUCGUCCACGGCAACGCCACCAAGCUGAAGAUCCAGCUGAAGCGGGAGGACGAUGCUCGGAGAAUAUCCCAUGCUAAAGACCAGGUGUCGUACAACGGGGACAUGGCUCCGGGUCUGGAGGCCCGGAACGGUGGACAUCGGACCCAAAAGGUUCUGGCGGAGCCUUCGUCCGAUGAGGACGACGAGGAAGGGGAGGAGGAUGACGACGACUACUUCGACAACGAGUUCGAAGACGAUUUCAUUCCACUUCCUCCGGCGAAGCGUCUGCGACUCAUCGUGGGUAAAGACUCCAUAGACAUCGAUAUCUCCUCCAGGAGGAGAGAGGAUCAGUCUCUGAGGCUCAAUGCAUAAGCUGUGGACCUUCUGUAAAUAACACGACCCGCUAAUCAACUGUUGUGUUGAUGUAAAAGAAGUACAGUAAUUUAAACACAGAAAAUUGCUGAAAUUCAGACUCUGAAUGAACGUUACUAGAGGGUGCUGUUAACCUAAAACAAAUCUCUGUUCUUCACUUGAGUUGCUCAUCAACGCGUCAUUUUAGUUCUAUUAAUGCGACGUUCAUGACAUCCAUCAUGGCAGGAAUCACCCUCUUGUUUCUGAAUAAUCUGAAAAGUGAAAACCGAGACUUUGUUUUACGUUGAACUCUUCCUUUCAGUGAAUGCACUUGUUCUCUUCAUAAUGGACAUGGAUAUUGUAGAAAGUGUACAGUAUGGUGACUAUUCCCUCUGUCUCAUAGGCAGGUUUUUAUGGAUCCUUUGAUUUUUGUCUCAUAGUUUGUAAGUUUCUGUGGCGGUCCAGAGUGAACAUCAGCCAAUCAGGUACCAUGUUCCCUUCAUCACAGCAGCUCUUAUUAUUCUCAGAGUUCAAUCAGCAGGAAGUAGUUUUAUAUUCAUCCAGAUGUUUUAUCCACAUCAGGGCUGCAGUGAACCAAAGGAAACCUAGAAAAUCAUUCGGAUACCAAACAUUUCAUAGAUAUCUCUACCUGCAGCUAAAUUAAAUCUAAAUAAUCAACAUAAACGCUCGUCUUUACAGCGUAUUUAAUCCUUUGAUGAUGAAAUUAAAUGUUAAGAAAUGACUGGGAUGAUCCAGAUGUUGGUUGCUGAGCUGUUUAGAAAGUUUCCGCUCCACUUUUUAAACUAAAUGCAGAACCACCAACAACAUCAGUUAGUUUGACUCCCAGUAAAUGUUCAGUAGAAGUCUCCCUCAGGUUAGAUAUUUCCACCAGAACAUCAAAUUUACGUUUAAUUCGAGGAAACAUCAACUCCAAACUCCCCAACUUGGUUAUUUUAAAGUGAUAUUUGACAUAAAAAGCAGGAAAUUCUCUCUUUUGAGAGUCUGGAAUCAGAAUAUUUCUCACCGUUUUUUGACUGAAUGAAUGAAAACAACCAAUCAGAAUUUGAUGUUUUAGUCGAUCUGGACUCUGCAGCCCAAACAGGAAGUGGUCAAACAGAACAACAUCUGGUGUUUCUUCUGCUGUAAACUUGUUAAUUAAAGCUGCAUUAUCACCAGAAUUAAAAGCACACAAGGUCUUCUAGUCCGGUGGAGCUGCUCUGUGGUGGGAACGUGGAACCUGGAGGCGGUGGAAGGAAAGCGAAACGUAGAGAAGGACGGGCUGAAUCAUCUCCACUGUCACUUUUAUUAAUCAGAGGUCUGAAGUCGUCGACACUAGAGUCUGAGGAGAAGCUUCCACUGAACUCUUCUAGUUAGGAUCAUGUACUUUCUCUUUGUGGUGCUACUUCGGUUUCCCUCAUCUGUUUCUCCGGUAACCGGUGGAUGGCGGCAGCAUUAACUUCAAUGGAAACACAGUCAGGAGUGUUGUAGUGGCUUCAGUUGUUUUUCUUUGCAGGAGCACACAAGCAGACGGGCGACGGAUUAAAGGAAAAACCAUUUUUAGGUGUCGCGAUGUUCCUCUAAUGUUGUGGAUGGAGCAGAUCAUCGGAGAUAAUCCACCAAACGAUAAUUUGGAUGGGUUUCUAGUGUCACAGAAAGUUCUUUAUCUGUUUAGCUGCACUUUCCUCCUUUUUUUGCACCACUGAUGUCUAAAUAAUGUACUAAUGGGGGUUUAACCGUCUCAUAUUAUCGACCUCUGCCAUCGUGGAUUGUUGCUGAAGCCUCGUCACGUCCUGCGCUGACAUCAGCCGAGUUUCCACAAUUGAUUUUUACCCGUAUUUUUAAUUUAUUGCACUAGAAAGUUAAUAAAAAAACUGCAGAAUAUUAAAUGUCGCCAUUAAUGCAGCUCAUGUUGGAUGGGAACCUGAAUUCUGAACCGUCAUGAAAGAAGCAGAUGAUGGUGUGAGUUAAAUGUUCAGAAACCCUUCAACCCUCUUUAUCAUGGUUGAACCUACAACAGAUUGUUAUAGGUUAAAAAAACCACAACAAUCUGUUCAACUCGCUGUUUUUUUUCUGUCAUUUCGAUGUCCUCGUCCAGCAGCAUCUCCAUCACUGACAUAAAGUUGUACGUAUACUCAUAAAAGUAUCCCUCGGAUGGUGAGGGUUGAAGGGUUUCUGAACGUUUAAUUCACCAUCAUCUGCUUCCUUCAUUGAUUUCACCUCCAGACAACAUGAAACAGGUUCAAUAACACUGAACAUGAAAGAUUAAUUCCUUCAUUUUUCUCUCAUAAAAGUCUUGUUUCUUCUUUGAAGUUUUUUUUUUUUCGCAGUUAGCAAACAAAUCAAAUGCAAACUACAGUUUCAUGCAGUAUAAGUACAGCUAGGACCGGUUGCUUAGAAAUGAUCUGCUCAAACGGAAUUGGAUGAAGCUAAAGAGCUCGUUUCUUUUUCUACUCACAACCUACAGCGCCACCUACUGUCCACAUCAUGCAGCUGAUAGAAACCAGAGUUACUUGGGUUUUUUUGAUGCAGCAUUCUAAAGUUUGCUUCAAAUUCGCUCCAGGAACUUUUCUCAGUCACUAUUUUGUUUCUAAAACUUGAUUAUUUAUUCUGUGUUGAAUCUGCUCACGUUCCCAACGUUGUGUUGAGUAUUUACUCUUCUACUCGUGUUUAUGUCACUAAUGUAUUAGUUCAAAAUGUCUUAUGAGCUAGAAAGUGUUGAAUGUUUUCCAAAAUUCCUGCAGCACAGAAACAAGAGAAGAACCAGUGGAGUUUAUAUGUGGACUAGUUGAGCUGUGAAACCCAGAGAACAGCAUGUAGAUGGAUCAUGAACUUUAAAGUGGAUCCUCUGUGGACGUUUGUUUGGUUCUAGAUUCAACACAGAAGUUUAAAUCGCAGUGUGUAUUCAGUGAAUUCUAUCAAGCAUCCAAAUGCAGACGUUUCUUCAGUUUCAGUCUGAACACCUUUUGGACGUUUUUCGACUGCAGGAACUUCUGGGUUGUUUUAGGGCGACGAGAACCUUUAUUCUGACCUCAGAAACCGUCUCUGUAGACUGAAAAGCAGCUGAGCAGCCCUAAAAAACCACAACAAUCUGAUAAAUUUGGUCUUUUUUGCCGUCGUCUCGAUGUCCUUGUCCAACAGCGUCUCCGUCACUAACCUGAAGUUGUUCGUAAGAGAGCAAACCUCCACUGUUCUGGUUCCUACUAGACUUGGAGUUAUGGCCAGUAGAUGUUUCAGAUCUGCUCACAGCUUCUACUUCCAUGAAAACUCCUCACAACUGCAUCCUUUCAUGUUUAAAGCUUCAUACAUCCAGAUUCUCUGUUGAUUAUUAAAGUUUCAAGAUGUUUUCAGUAGCGGAUCGACCAACACCGACCACUUUUUCUCUCAUAAUUUAGAAUUUUACCUCAUAAUUUAAGCACUUUCUGUUAUAAUUUAGAAUUUUUGUCCCGUAAUUAUUAAAUUUUAGCAUUUUUCUUUGCUUUCUGUCUCAUAAUUUUGGGGUUUUGUCUCAUUAAUUAGCCCUGUUGCCAUAAUUUAGGUGUUUUGGCUCGUAAUUUAGAUGUGUUGCCUCUUAAUUUAGGUGUUUGUGUCGUUCCGUCUCAAUUUAAGGUUCUCAUUUUAUCAUUGUGAGUUGAAGCUGCUGGAUGGACAAAUUAUGAGACAGUUUCUCUAAUGUCCACCUUGUGGCUGCUGUCAGUUCCUGUGGUGUAAAGCUGCCUCAUGGUUUUCCACCUCUUUAGUUUAACCAAUCAGCAUCAAGUUUUGUAGGGCGUUCAGCUGCACCAACCCUGGAGAAGGAACUUUUUUUCGCCUACAGAGGUUCUAGAGGGACGGUUGUUGCAGUCGGAACAUUACAAAGGUUCAGGUGGCUCUAAAAGUGGAAAAUGUCGACUCAGUUUCUCUUUUGUUUAUGAUCCAUGAGCUUCAGGUGACCCCGUUUAGUUCAGUUUGUUUUGCUGAAGCUCCUGCCAUCCGAGCCCCGACACCAACCCUCAGCAAGAAUAAAUCAGCGUUCAACACCUCGCAUUUUUCCUUUAAUCUGUCGCCCAUCUGGACUUUCCAACAGCAUUCGGUGCCUUAAGGAGCGUUCGGACACAUUUUGACCAACAGCCAAUCAGCGGAGAGUGAAGAUGCGAAGCUUCCGUCAGUCCUUGUGUAAAUUGUGUGGUUUAUUGAGCAGCAGAGCGAGGAUCAGCUGAAUGUGAACCCGUUUGUUGUGUUUCUAGUCGACAUCACCAGCAGCUAACCAUCACUGUAAACUCCUCGUCUGUGUCCCGUAGACCGCCGUCACCGUCUCCAAACACAAAAGAGAAAAAAAAUCGAAACAAAUGUGAAUAGUUUGCGGACAUUUUAGCGUGUUGCGUGGGUUAGUGGGAAACAUGUAAAGAGAAUUAAGAAUGGGCAGUGCGUAUAUUGUCCAAUAUGUAAAUCAUGUGAACACAUCUUGUACUUAUUUAACAGUUUUGAAUACUUGAAAACUAUAUAAAGUUUCUUUGUGACUCUUG